GAUAUUUUAAUUUCUUGAAAUAUCGCCCUUGAUAAAAAUGAGCACAUACAAAAUCGAGUUUUCAAAUUCCUUACGUGGCGUUUUAGUAUUUCUCGAAAUAUCCAGAACUUCUUAUCCCCUCUACCGAUAAAAGCAAGCUGUACAUAAAUACCGGCGUGCGUGGAACUGCUAUUCAGUCGAAGCAAACAUACGAAAGAAGUGCAAAGAAAAGCGUGCAUUUUUUUUAUAUCGAGCGGGUGAGAGUUUACGAGAUAAACGAAGUAAUCAUUAUUUUUGAAGGGGAGUAAAUUGUAUAAAGAGAAGAAGAAAAAGAAGAAAUAAUUAUGACGCCUUUAUUACCAUUGUUAUUCUCUGCUUGGUGGGCAGAUUUAGAUCGGCCUCAUAGAUUGAUGGAUCAGAAUUUUGGAUUAGGCUUGUAUCCUGAACAGCUUCGAAUAAUGGACAGUUUUUAUCCAUUAUCUCUUCCUAACAGUGCUGUUUCAGAUCUGUAUUACCGACCGUGGGCUGAUCUCUUCAAAUUAGAUGACCGUGGCACCUCGACCAUUACUGCUGAUAAGCAUAUCUUCAAGGUCAUGUUAGAUGUACAUCAAUUCAAGCCCGAAGAGAUCAAUGUAAAGAUCGUUAAUAGAUACAUCGUUGUCGAGGGUAAACACGAAGAGAAGAGGGACGAACAUGGUUUCAUUUCGAGACAAUUCGUUCGUAGAUAUUUGCUUCCGAAUCAAGCAGAUGCCGAUAAAGUUUCCUCAAAUAUAUCGACAGAUGGAAUAUUAACCAUCAUGACACCUUUGAAGGAGAGUCUGGAAAAACCAAAUGAGAAAAAGAUUAAAAUCGAACUUACUGGUAAACCGGCAGUAACGCGUAAAGACGAUGAAAAGGAAGUUACAGAGAAUAAUCGUGAAGAAACUACAACCCAAAAAGGUAUUAUCCAAACAACCACCACUCCGGAGAAAUAAGAAUUUCCAAUAGCUUUGUUAAAUUUUGUGUCAUUCCUCUUGAAAAGCUAAGACUGAUAUACUUUCAUGUCUCUUACCUAUUCGUAUCUCUUGUCAAUUGUAAUUAUUUUUAAUAUUAUCGUUCAAUGUUAUACAAGCAUUGUAAGUUUUAUAUAGAUAAUAUUAAUAAAACAAGAUAAUUUACAAACUUAAAAAA